AUGAAGUCCAUUCUCGCGUCGCUCGUUUCCUUCUUCCUGGCAGCAACCUUCUCCGACUCGGCCUCGUGCUUGCAUGUCAGCGCCGCCGAAGUCCACACGCCCAACUCGGCCAUCACCAUCAACGGAAUAAUGGUGCGGGCCGAGGAUCCCAACACCAGAGAGGUCAUGCAUAACAAUUGGAAUGAUUGCAUGGGGUGGAGCAUCAAGAACUACGACCAGACAAGUGGACCAUGGCCCUGGGAAGAUGCAGACAAAGACGGCAUAGAGUGUGCCACCAUCUCAGGCCGAGGAAAGUCAAUGGAGGUCAUCGCCGGGGAGUGCAGGGUCUUUGCCGCAACUGGUGACCCCGGCGAGCGCGGAUGCGAGGCUGCACUGGAUGAGGGCGACGAAGGUUGGAUCACACCAGAGGAAGGCAGCCGGUGCAUUGAGUUGUACCAAAUUGAGCCGGCGAACUGGACUGGGAUCUUCUAUGUCGAUUGUCCGAAGUAA